AUGAUGUUGCAGCCUUUAUUUCCAACAAAUAAUUCUUACGAAUCAAAAAAAUUAUCUGAAAUUACAAAGACUACUUAUCAGUGUGAUGCAAAAAACCAAAAAGAGGAUAGUAACACCUAUCUGGUGAUUGGUCAAUCUGUACAAGUUGAUGCAAAAUUUCCGAACAGUCGACAUGAACUCUUUCCAGCCGCCACCACCGGGGACAUGAAAGGAGCACAACUAAGGGACGGCCAAGCUCCUAAUGUUGUACCAUCACAUUCAAAAUUACAUCAACUGCUUCUUGAGGAACGUAUUGAGAAUGGUUAUAGUAAUCCAACUCGCCUAGUGAAGCUGAAGAAAAGACAAUUGAAUGGACCUGCUGUUGAAGCAAAAUCUGGGAAAAGUUACAUGGAGAAAUUUCUAGAAACUCCCUCGCCUGAUCCAAAAAUGAUUUAUGAAACUUCAAUCUUUUCGUUGUCAGUGAAACCUGCACCAGAUAAUUCUAGCGAAGCAGGGAUUAAAAUUCUUGAAAUCAGUAGCAUUAAAAAGUCGAUUGGAGAUGAAAACUCUUGUUCAUCCCCUUAUGAGCCGGAGUCUGAACUUCACCAAUUUCCAGAAGAGGUUGGUGAGGCAAAUGGAGAUCUUGUGAUGGUGAAAGAACAAAUCUCAGUGGGUGUAAGGGAUGUCAAGGUGUCUGAUGAAACAGAAUUGGAAAUCAAUGAACAAAAGAAAAUAGAAGGCAGCUUAGUUAGGUACAAUUCUGAUGAUGUGACUAGUGAGGUUGACAACUACAUGGAUGCUUUAACUACCAUGGAGUCAGACAAUAAUAACUCAUUCAGUGGAAAUGAAGAAGAGCAUGUGGAACUGCAAGCUCACUUUUCAGAUUCUCAAUCUACUGGAAAGUCCUUUAUGUCAGAUGUAAAUAUCAUUGAGCACUGUGGUUGA